AGAGCGGGAAAGUCGGACCCGAUAGCAGCGCGCCUGCCGGGGCUGUCCGCAGUGAUGGAGGAGGGAGAGGCCGAGGAGCAGCAGGAGUUCUCUCACCGGCAGAGGCUGAAGGCAGCAGUUCACUACACGGUCGGCUGUCUCUGUCAGGAGGUGGCGCUGGACAAACAGGUGCACUUCAGCAAACAGACCAUUGCGGCCAUCUCCGAGGUGACUUUUCGACAGUGCGAAAAUUUUGCCAAAGACCUUGAAAUGUUUGCCAGACACGCAAAAAGAAGCACAAUUACUACUGAAGACGUGAAGCUCUUAGCGAGGCGGAGUAAUUCACUGCUAAAAUACAUUACAGAGAAGAAUGAAGAGAUUGCUCAGCUUAACCUGGAACGAAAGGCCAAGAAGAAAAGAAAGUCAGACGACGAAAACAGGAACUCUAGGGAGCCCGAUGCUGAAGAGCUCAGUGGGGAAAGUUGAGUCGCUUGGAAAGGAGACCUUCAGCGGGAGCAGUGCCGCCGCCGAGGGAGGGCAGUCUGAAGGGAUAAAUACAGACGUUUGAAAGAAAGAUCCCAAGUGGGUGGGCAGCUUCUCAUGCUGCCUAUUUUAAGUUAUUCUCGGCAGAAGCUUAAAAGAGCUGGGAAUUCCUGCAAAGCCACGCCCAUGCUUUACCGGGCACUGGAGAGGCUUGGGCACAGGUGGCACUGUGACUUAGUGACUGGUAGAAUGGGUUAGCAGUCAGAUGUGCUAGCUGUUGAGGGUGAGUUUAGUCCUUCACUGUUUAUUUUCCAGGCCAAAUGCAGGUCUCUGAAGGGUGAAUAAAGCUUUGUUCACUGA